AAGUCUGGACUUGUUUCAUACAGUAUGUUGUCAGUGUAAACCUGCAGAUAGUUGUUCUCUCAUUCUGUGUGCUGUAGAAUGCUUAGAAGGAUAAAUGUUUUUCUUAGUCUUUUUAAGAUUGCUUGGAAAUAUAGCUUGACAUUCCUCUCAAAUCUUUAUCUGUGGUGAACGAGUGAUGCUUUGAUAGUAGUAGUAUUUGUCUUGGAUCAUUUGUUUAAACCCAUCUCAGUAUUCUGCUGGUAUGGAAGAUGGAUCUGCCGUCUUCAGGACUGGUGUUUUAUUUCUAGAAACAGAGAUGACUCCAGUGUGGAACGAUUAAGGAUAAACGUCCAGCCUUUUUUAAAGGUUUGACAUGAUUUAAUGACACAAUGACCCGCUUUCUAGUCUGCAUGUUCACUUUGCUUCAAAUAUGUCUAAAGCCAUCUAAAGCAAUUCUUUCUCCUCCAAAGAAUCUGACUGUGAGAAUAUUGGAUUUUAAGGCUAUAGCUGAAUGGCUUCCUGGACAAGGAAAUCCUCCAGAUACCAGAUACACCUUGGAGUUUAUAACUGCGCAAAAAAUGUCUGGAGGAAAGUGGAAUCACACUCAACACUGCACUAACACAGCCAUACUGAAUUGCCAACUGACUUUUGAUGGGCAACCUAAUGAGCUUUAUUUUUGGAAUUAUUUUGUGAGGGUCAAGACAACAUUUAGAGGAACAAGCUCCCACUGGACAACUACAUCAAAGUCUUUCCAGCCGUAUGGAGACACACUCCUGAGUCCCCCGAGUGUAAAAAUCUCAACUGAACAAAACUCCAUUAAAAUUAAUUUUAGUCAUCGGCUGGAAUUAAAACCCGAGGUCAGACCACUGGAAUACCUGCUGUAUCUUUUUGAGAGCAGUCCUGCAGGGGAAUUAAAGUUUGUAGCUAUGAUAUCAACCUAUGAGUCUCCUUACAUUUUUCAUGAUGUGCCAUCUGGCAAGAACUAUUGUGUUAGUGUUUCUGCAAGUCAUCAACAAGCCUCGAGGGACAAUAACUUCAACACCACCAAAUGUAUAUUUCUAUUAGAUUCUACUAAAAGCUUUGUGCUAGUGGUGUGCAUUGUGGCCAUCCUGCUGAUUACUUUUUCGACUGGGAUUUUUUUGCCUUUUGGUUGUUUUUACCACAUGAGGCUUCAAAUCAAGAAUCUCCGCAUUCCAAAACCUUUGAUUGUUAUUCCAGGAUAUAAAAGGGUCCUAAAACCAACCCCUGAGGAAUCCCAGCCAAUCACAGUGACCCCACCAAAAAAAGAAAUGAACGGAGAGAGACGUUUUUCUUCAUCGGAGGAAGACUCCAAGGAUGGCUCUGUGUUCUAUCAACCGAGAGAAAACUUUACAUUAUCCAUUGCCAGUGUCAACCCACCAGAGCAAGAUGAGGAGGCUGAGGCAUCAAAUCAGUAUGAUAAGUACACACUGGCUAAUGAUAUAGAAGAUAGUGAAGAAAAUGAAAUAUCUGAAAUGGAUGACGACAGUAUGUAUUCAGGUAGCGAGUCUGAAUCAGGAUCUCUCUGUGAUAAUACUUUAAACAUUUCAAGAUCAUCCCAAAUACUACGAACGGUUACCGUGAACAUGUGUGUAAACUCAGAGAUGGAUAGCAAUUAUGCAGAAGAAACGCUUUUCUUUUCUUCUGGCAGUGGCUAUGAAAGAGAAGUGCCUGCUGAAGAGGAGGAGGACAGCUUAUUUUUGUCUGAUUCUAACUCAGAGAGUGGUUAUGAACCAAGACAUGAUAUGACAAGCAUUAUAAACAUCCAAACCUCUAGUAUCUAAACUAUGAAGGCCCUUAAAGAGGAUAUACAUAUUCUGAACUGACUUCCAAAGGUGGAGUCUGCAACCAAAUUCAAGCAAAAAAGUAUCAACCUUUCCCCUGACCAAUGCCAUAGAAAUGAAAAAUCUUUAGAGAUUUAGUUUAGUGAUGCAGAAGAUCAGAAUAUUCAUAACAUGAGGCAAUAACACUUGACAUAGAAGCAAAAUCUGGAGUUUGUUUUACCUGGAGAAAACUAUUGGUUAAUUUCCCUUUCAUCAAUAGCACUUACAGUUUUCUCCUGAACGAACUCACAAGAACUCCUGCAUCAGGAACUCUUGGAUCUUACAGAUAUUAAUAUCCGUUUAAACUCUCAAGCUGAAUUCUGUAUGGUCAAAUAGAAGGAACAUGGCUGGUUACUGGCCAUCUUAUUGCUGGUUGCUCAGUUGAGGGUCAUGUUGAACACAGUUUGAACUAUGAAAGUGUGCCUACUUCAGGAAUAAGUUGGAGCUACACAUCCUGCAGUUUCACUGGGAUGCAACUCGUCACAAGACAAGCCGUCUAGUCAAUAAAUGGGCAAUCAGACACUUUGAAAACAGACUCCAGGUGCUACAUGAAGCAGAUUAAGGUGCAGUGCAAUACUGACUGACCAGAAAUACUGGACAAUUGAAAUUCUAAGUGUUUUCUUGUGUAUUGUAUGUCAUCCAAAAUUCAUAUCAUAAUUAUAAUAUCAUUAUUUACACAAAUUGGGAUCUAAGACCACUGUAGUGAAAAUCUCUGUAUAUAAAAUCUGAUUAAAGAUUAAAAUUACUUGGAAACAACUGCAAAAUGUUGAAUGGUGGUCACUCCAAAAAAAAUUAUUUAUGUAAUAGAAGUUACUACCAAUACUACCAAGAAAAUACUACCAAUGAAAACAUUCUCUCUUUACAGCAUCAUUUCACAAGUGCUUCAAAAGAAUAUUUUGCUGUUCCCACAAAUGUUUUAAUGGAAUUCUCUCUUAAAAAUGUUCUAUUAUUUUUUGUCUCUCUUUGUGUGAUGUUAAACUGACAUAGGGAUAGUUUGUAAGAUUGUAAGACAGUAUUUGUAAAAAAUAAUGUUUGGAAAUAGAAUGUUUGGCAUACUAACACAAAAUAUAUAAAAAAAUCUUCAUGUAUCUUUCAGGACACAACAGUUUUAUUGUGCGGGAUUUAUUUCCAUGUCAUAUCUUACCAUAUGUAUGUCAAUGUGUAUGUACACUUGUUUUCUGUAAAGGACGUUCUAAACAUUUUCUAUUAUAAAAUGGUGCUAUAAUAUAUAAUCAAAGAUUUAGUUAUCAUCAUGGAUUAUUAUGUAUAUUGGGGAACUGUCUUGUAUUUGAAAAAUCAGCCUGAGAGUGUAAAAGUUUUAUAUGUUUACAUGAAAUGUUACUGUAAUGCUGCAUAUUUCCUUACUGAACUAUUUGAAUGGUGCUAAAGAGACUAUUUUUUAGGGUUUAAUAAUGAUUAACCCCUCUAUAA